GCAGGAUGCCGGCGUGGUGGAAGGGGAAGGGGAAGAAGAGCAAGGGGGGAGGCGGGGCGGCGGCGGCGGCAGUAGCGGUCGCCGGUGGGGAGAAGGCGGGGAGGAGCUUCGACGAGGCGCUACUCGGGAAGGGGGGAGGGAAGCAGCAGCAGCAGGUGGCGGUGGUGGUCAGGCACCCGCUCCCGCGUCCGGCGUCGCUGCCGGCGCCGCUGCCGUCGUCGACCACGCCUGGGUCCGGGUCCGGGUCCGGGUCGGCGUCGGCGUCCAGCGCGGGGAGCUCGUCGCUCGGGUCGUCGGCGGCGUCCGACGAGCCGCCGGAUCUCGGGACUUACAGGGUGCCAGAUGCAAGCUACGCGCUUCCGGGCAGAACGCUGGCUAUUGAUUCUCGGAAACAAAGCCCUUUGCUUGAAGAAGGACGCUUUUUCACAAACAACCAGGUUUUGGACCAUGCGAGGUUGUCUGAAACUUCAGUUUCUCCAAGGAAAGAAUCGUACCUUCUCAAUUUGGAUCUUUCAAAUGAUCGAACUGCGUAUUGCCAUGGUCGGAAAUCAACGGAGAUUGUUUUCAACACAAGAGUGCCAAGCUCUCCCCCUAGCUCUAAAGGCCAAAUUCCCUGUCCAACCUCCCCUGUGCAAUCAAGAGCAUUUGGGCAGUGCCCAGGAUCCCCCACUGCAUGGCAGGAUGAUUCACGUAGCUCAAGCUCACCUCACCCUCUUCCCCGUCCUCCAGGUCCUCCUGGUCCUCCAGGCUCCCCAUGCUCAUCAUCACGUUCCGUCAGUUCACAGUGGAAGAAGGGCAAGCUGUUAGGUAGUGGUACAUUUGGGCAAGUAUACCAAGGAUUUAACAGUGAAGGUGGCCAAAUGUGUGCAAUUAAAGAGGUCAAGGUUAUUUCUGAUGAUUCUAACUCGAAAGAGUGUCUCAGGCAGCUACAUCAGGAAAUUGCGCUUUUGAGUCAGUUGUCGCAUCCAAACAUUGUUCAGUACUAUGGCAGUGAUCUGUCUAGCGAGACACUGUCAGUCUAUCUUGAGUAUGUUUCUGGGGGAUCUAUCCAUAAGUUGCUUCAAGAGUAUGGUGCAUUUGGGGAGGCAGUCCUUCGGAAUUACACAGCACAAAUUCUUUCUGGCCUUGCAUAUUUGCAUGGACGAAAUACAGUGCAUAGGGAUAUCAAAGGUGCCAAUAUACUUGUAGAUCCUAAUGGUGACAUCAAACUUGCCGAUUUUGGGAUGGCCAAGCAUAUAUCAGCGCACACAUCUAUCAAGUCCUUCAAAGGAAGCCCUUAUUGGAUGGCGCCCGAGGUUAUUAUGAAUAGCAAUGGCUACAGCCUUUCAGUUGAUAUUUGGAGCCUUGGCUGCACCAUUAUUGAGAUGGCAACUGCAAGACCUCCUUGGAUUCAGUAUGAAGGGGUGGCUGCAAUAUUCAAAAUUGGCAACAGCAAAGACAUACCUGAUAUUCCGGAUCAUCUUUCUUUAGAGGCGAAAAACUUUUUGAAACUUUGCUUGCAGCGUGAUCCUGCUGCCCGCCCUACUGCUGCUAAGCUAAUGGAGCAUCCCUUUGUCAAGGACCUAGUUGCGAACAGAAGCUUCAGGUCUGGCAUGUCAAAGGACCUCUCUCCAACUUCCUUCGACAGAAAAGGAGGAAUGGUACAGACAAGCAACAGAAGCUUAUCUCCUCUACGAGAUCCAGACCUCACGAUGAGAAACUUACAAGUACCAACUUCUGCCAUUCCUUCAAUUUCUACCCGCAGGAUCUCUGCCAUCAAUCCAUCCAAUGUGCGGAUGAACAUGUCCCUACCCGUGUCACCCUGCUCUAGCCCAUUACGGCAGUACCGGCAGUUGAAUCGGAGUUGCAUGCCAUCACCUCCUCAUCCAGCCUAUUCAGCUGGAGCAGCCAACUACAGCCCUAUCAACAAUGCGCUGUACCCAACAAGACCAAGCAACCAUCUUCCAGAUCCAUGGCUCGAAAUCUCUCAAUUGAAAACACCACCAUUUGAUUCUCCAAGAAGAUUGUAGAAAACCCACUCACUGUCUGUAUACUGGAAAUCUGGAAUGAAAGAUGUUCCAUAAGUUAGAAGAAAAAAAGGGGUUCUUUUUUUUGUUGUUUCACCCUUUCUGUAUGUAUCUUCCUCUCAGGAUGCUAGUCGCAUCGCCAUUGUACAAAUGCACAAAUGAGUUCAGUGAAAAUGAGUAGCAUUUCAGAUU